AUGAGAAGAAACCACCAGAAUCUAAACACAGGUCCACCCACCACUCCUGUUACCAUGUGCUCCUCCUCUUGCUGCCAACCCACCUGCUGUGGGUCUAGCUGCUGCCAGCCUUGCUGCCGCCCAGCUUGCUGUCAAAGCACCUGCUGCACCACCACCUGCUGCAAGCCCUGCUGCUCCCCUUGCUGCUGCAAACCCUGCUGCCCCCCACCUACCUGCUGCAAGCCCUGCUGCUCCCCUUGCUGCUGCAAGCCCUGCUGCCCCCCACCUUGCUGCUGCAAGCCCUGCUGCCCCCCACCUUGCUGCUGCAAACCCUGCUGUCCUCCACCUUGCUGCUGCAAGCCCUGCUGUCCUCUACCUUGCUGCUGCAAGCCCUGCUGUCCUCCACCUUGCUGCUGCAAGCCCUGCUGCUCCCCCUGUUGCUCCCAGCCCUGCUGUGGCACUCCCUGCUGCCAGCCAGCUUGCUGCACACCAGUGCACUGCCACAGAACCUGCUACCACCCCACCUGCUGCCACCUGGUCGGAUGCCUCCCUGAGAGCUUCGGCUGCACCUCCUCUGGCCAGUCUUGCUGCUGCUGA